AUGGCGUCUGUUUCGUCGUUGGAUAAGGAUCUGCGAAGUAUGCGGCUAUCUCGGUAUACUCCCCAGGCAGCCAAUGAAAUACGGGAGUGGAUUGAGGAGGUGCUUCAUGAGAAGUUACCAAAGGGAGACCUACUAGGACUUCUGAAGAGUGGAGUUAUCCUAUGUCGGCAAGUUUACCGUGUCAAAUACAGGGACUCGAACAUGCCUUUCGUUCAAAUGGAAAACAUAUCUCAUUUUCUACAUGCAUGUCAAGUCCCCCCUUUGAGCCUCCAACCGCACGACGUCUUUCUCACUGUGGAUCUCUACGAAUCGAAGGAUCCAGCUCAGGUGCUACAAUGUUUACGUGCCUUUAGCAGGAGAGCCAACGCACUUCAACCAGGGAGGUUCCCACGAUCAAUUGGCAUGAAGAAUAGGGGCGAUGUAAUGAGUCCUCAACUCACUGGGUCUAGUCAAGGUACCAGCCUUGGAUCGCCAUCCUACACUCGAGGGAGGGGUGUUAGUAACGCGAACGAACCGAACUCUGGCACGUUUAAUCCGAUUGGAAGGCUUUCUGCCUCUGGACAGAACAGCCCCUCGAAAACCCACUCUGGGCCUGCAUCGCCAAAACAUGCUGUUAGUGCUUGGAUCAAUAAAGAAGAGGAAAGCACCACGACGCCAGCGUGGAAUAUACAUCAAUAUGGCUACAUGGGAGGCGCAAACCAAGGCAACCUUGGAAUAUCCUUUGGUGCAAGGCGACAAAUCAUCAGUCCGGCCCCAGAUGUGCCCACCUUGGCGGAGAAAGAGAGGAAAAGACGAGAAAAAGAGGCCGAAGAAGAAAAAUUAAGGCAACAGCGAGAAGAGGAGGAGUGCCAACGACAAGCAGAAUUAAAAGCAGAAGAAGAGCGUGCUAGGGCUGAAGAGGAAUCUAGGUGGCAGGAAGAGACGCUGAAACUGAAAGAACGAGAGCGGCGAGAGGUGGAAGAAGAGAAGAAAAGAUGGGCGGAAGAGCAGCGCAGGUGGGAUGAAGAAGACAAUCGUCGACGCCUGGAGGACAAAGCAGCGGAAGAGCGACUGGAAAACGAACGGCUGAGGAAGAAAGAAUUUAGUGACGCCCGGCUGAAUGGCCAAUUCCUCAGUCAGUAUCAAGCAUCGCAGUUCAAGACAUCCGUUUCAGCAUCAAAUGAAAGUGAGCGCAUAAAACAACUUGAAAGGGAGCUUGAACUCGCCAAGGAAAGAGAGCGUCGGUAUGAGCGUGAGCGGGAGGAACUUGCUCGUUCGCGUAACACGCAGCAGGAAGGGGUGGAUCCGCAGACAGACCGAUCCCGGAGCCACAGCCGUGAACGACACACUCUGGUAAAGCCAAGCUACGACGCAUCCUCCCUGGAGGAAGAACGCAAAUUACUUAGAUCCGAAUGGCAGUCCUAUAACGACCGUGCUCCCUCCAGCGAACCUUCUCCGCCUGCGUUAGCUCCACGCUCUCUCCCCGAGCCACCGGCGAAACCGCCGAGAAAUACGAAUCCCCCGCCUGCGCCUCGCCCUCUACCUGAUCCGACAAGCUACGUCAAUAAAAACCGAAUUGACCGCUUCUUAGCUGAAAACAGGGCCCCUGAACCUCCCCGCCCAGCGUCUCACAGACCCCUUGAGUUUUCAUCAAGCUCAGAAGUUGAUGAGGAGAAUGCCAGACGGGUUGCUUCAACUCAAAAGACACGAGCCGGAGGCUGGGCGUCCAAGUCGCUGCUUGAGCGCGAAAUGGAACGAGAACGCGAACGACAGCGAGAGUGGGAAGAGAGCCAGAAACAAACCAAGGAGGCCGUAGACCGAGGGGUUAAUACUGCGGGCACAGGGCCUGGGCAGGGUGCGUGGGAUGUCAACCAAUAUGGCUAUAUGGGUGGAGAUAAUCAGAAUCGUGGUGGACCUGGACUGUUUGGAGGUGCACGGAGACAAAUAAUUGGACCCCGUCCGCCUCCUUGA